AGCAUCAGUUCGUAUCGAGCAAGCGGAGGGAAACAGUACAUGCAGAAACAAUGGACAACGUUCGUCAACUGUGAAAACAUGUCGAACACUGCAAAGAAGCGUGAGCCAUGUAACAUGACACACACAUUCAGAACUCAGGUCCAGCCAGCCAUCUCACAGCCCCGCAGCGGGGCUGGUGCACGUGUGGCCUGUAUGGCCCGCGGCUGACGAAGUCCUCCGCAAACGCGCUGGCCCUCCGUGGCCCUCUGGCGGCCGCCGCGCGCUGCGCAUGACUCGCCACUUGGAAUGCGUUGUGCUUCAUCAGCUCGACGGACAGGAGCUGGCUCCAGUGGUUGACGAUACUGUCUCGGAAAGCUGUGUCCUCUUCCAUGGGAAUGGAUGUGGGGCGAGGCUUUCGUUUGUCGAUCAUCUUGAGAAAAUCCAUGGUUUUCUCUCCCCAUCUGCCAAAUGUCUCCGCAGCGAGGGGCACGAAGCGGAAACCGGCUGCUUGGGUGAUUGGUCCAUACUUGUUGAUCUUGUCUUUCUCCGCAAGCUGAGCCGCCUUGCCACCUGGAAGCUGUGCACCACGCCAGUUGACUGUUCGGUGGAAGGGGUGGGCGACGACACCGUUAGAUUUCGAUGCGCUGGUUGUUGGGGUUGUCGUCAGGCGGGGUAAUGCCGAGGCUGUGCAGAGACACCUCCACAUUGGAGGGAACAUCUGCCUCAGCCUGUUAUCCUAUAUGUAUCAUUGAAGCUCAUUCACAAAUGACAGGACAUUUUACCGUGAUCUGUUGUCCUAUAUAUAGCAUAACGGAUAACACCUAUAUGAUAUCCUGACAGCGCUUUCUGCUGGGCCGCUCCUCCCUCCUGGCCACGACCACUCGAAACUUGCUUGAUGGACGGUAGACAUGGGUCAGUCAAACGGUCAGUCCAAAUGUUCCCAUCACAUCCCUCCAUCAAAGUAUCUAGUACACUUCACUUACGACAUCAUCUCAUCGGCCCACCCACUCACUCAUGAAAUCAAUCUAUCCCUCCAUAUCGUAUGGGCACCUCCUUCUCACUGCAUGCGGCGUCGAUGCCGCUCUCUUUGGCAUCCAUCUCGCCCAGUAUCCAAUCGUGGAUCAACCGCCGUGCCAGUGCGAUCUUGCCUGGCAGAUGGAAGCCAGUUGGUGCCUCGCCCGGACGGUCGAACACGUCAAACCGCUGCCUGCAAACAGACAAACACAACAGACAGCACCCACGGGCAGAGGACUCUGUGUGUGUGUGCGGCUCUGCCUCGAGGUGCGUGAAUGCACUGGUAAGUUAAAUACCUGAUAAAGGACCUGUGAAACCACCGAACAUCCUCCAUCUCCUCCAUGUCCACGUGCACAGAGGGCAGCCACACGUGGCCCUUGCCGGCAGCAGUGUAGUGGCCGCCGUAUGACACGGCCGGGAGGCUGCCCCCCUCGACGAUCGGCAGCUCACCCAGCUUUGCGUCAAGCGGGGAGGGACAGGGAGAGGGGGAGGGGGUGGGGGUGGGGGUGGGAGGGCUCUCAUCGCCUGCUGGCUUUGCUGCCUCGACCUGGAAGCCGAUCAUGAGGCUGGCUGGGAAGAGCCACGGCUGGCUGGCGAUGAAUCGCAACGUCGAGAGAUCCACCGACACGCCACUCUCCUCCAUCACUUCCCGAUGCACCUGUGGACCAACCGAAGAGUCAGCCACACACAACACACGCACACGCACACGCACACGCUUACAGACGUGGGUGUGGCUGCCUCUCGCUCGUCAUUCAUUCAUCAUACCGUCUCUUCUAUGGAUUCGCCCAUCUCACAGAAGCCAGCCAAGGUGGAAUAUCGACCGCUGUUCCAGGCAGCUUUGCGGCCCAGAAGGGCAUAGUCGCCACACGUUACAAGCGUGAUAAUCGCUGGGUCUGACGCAACCACAUACACAUAACAAAACGAAUCAGUCAGUCGCUGAGACCUCUACCCACCACUGUGCUGUGCAGGUGCAGCUCACCUUGUCUGGGAUACUGUGUUAUGCCGCAUGAUGUGCACUUGCGAGAGGUGCCGGCCUUCUGCGCCAGCAUGCGGGCGCCGCAAGAGGAGCAGAACACAGUGCUGCGGUGCCACGCGGCUAUGCCCCGGCUGGUCGAUAACAGAGAGGCCUCCUGCUCAUCGCUCAUCGCCAGAGAUGCACUGCCAAGCACCAGCAGGAAAUGAAUGGGCCCGUGCGUGCAGCUCUGUGACUUUGCGUACCGUACCCUCUGAGGUUCUUCAUGAUCCACCCAUCAGGCGGGACGAAGUCCUGCAGCCCACUCAGAUCAAGCGCAUAAUACGGCUCCUUCUGCUGAGUCGUGCCGAGCAGGAUCACGAUCACCGCCUCCUGCCGCUGCUGCUGCUGCUGCUGCUGCUGCUGCUCGUUGCCUCCCCCACCAUGCUUCUCCAGUAACGCGGCGGCCUCCAUGUUGGUCAGGAUGAGAGCAUUCAGCUGCCCCUUGCUCUCUCCCUGUGUGAAGGUGCUGUUGCCUUUGUGCACAGGGACGAACCGCGCACGUGAGUCAGCGAGCGCGUCAGCCAGCGAGAUGUCAGGCGGGUUGAAGGGGCGGUCAAUGCCAGGGGCGGUGAAGUAGACUGGGCGCCACGGUGACGCGAGGGCCGUUGUCUGUGUGAAUCGAGAGGAAUGCGACGCUUGGCGGAAAGCGUUGGCGGACAUGAUUGAGUGCACGUGCAGGAACAGCAGGGGAUGCCGAUUCCGCAAGAACAACAUGUAAGGCGCCCGCUGACGCCUGCGUCCUUGCCUUCGU